AUGUCAAAGUUUACUGUUCAAGAAAAGUCUGCAUCCUCAUUACUUGGACAAGAUGAAAACGAUUUAAGUUUGUUAAAACAUAGAUCACCUUCUCCAUUCUCGAUUCUCCCCAUUCCACUUACAAAGAAAAUUCUCUCCCACAUCUCUUACUUUUCAGACAUCCCACACCUUCGUUUAGUUUGUAAAACCUGGUCAAAAGCGAUUGAUCAAAUUCUUUUUACACGCAUCAUCGAUAACUUCUCAAAACUCUACCCGAUUGUCGCUACAUUAACUCUACGAUGUCAUGAUCACUCUAAAGUUAUAACAGAACAUGAAAUUCAAAUGGAGUUAAGGACAAUUCCAAAGCCAGAGAAAUAUACUACAAAGUUUAUGAUUGAAUUUUUACCAAUUACUACCAGUUUAAAAAAACCGUUGAUUAAAGAUUUGUUUAAGAAUGUGGAGGCUUUUUUUAAAUGUUAUUAUAUUGAUGAAAAUAAAUAUAGUUUUGAGACCAAAGAUAAGUGUUAUAUCAAGGAGGAAAGUGAUGAUAUCAGUAAAGCAGAUAAAAACUCAGAUAAAGGUAAAAAUAAAACUAAGACUAAAGAUAAUUUUCCUGAUAUCAUCAAAGAUAAAAAAAGAACUGAUGAUAAUAAUUGUAUUGGAGUAAAAACAAAAAUGUUAAAAGAAGUAGAAAUUUCAGAAAUAAUUAUGUUAUCUUUAGGUACAUGUACCAAAUCUCAAAAUUUUUCUCAUGAAAUUGCUGCAGACUUAGCUAUUGAAUUUCAGUGUGUUUCUGACAAACCCAUGACAUUUUCUGUAAAGUCGGUUGGGUUUAGGCCUUUAUUUGUGAUUUGCUGGUUUAAAAAUUUUUUAAAAAAUGAUGAACGAGAAAUGUAA